AUGGUCAUGCCCACAACGUCCUGCAGCCGGUCCUUAACCGAGAUACCCAUUGACGUAAUUGCAACGAUUGCAAGUGAAUUGGACGUGUGCUCCUUAUGGAACUUGCUGGACACUUGCCGCUACUUUCGGUACAAUCUUCUCGGCUACCAAUCAGUUUGGCGACGCAUUGUGGUUGAUCUCGACUACUGUGAUCUCUCGAGCCUCUAUGCUGCACUACGAAGACUGCGAGAUUCCAAUGGUUUACGAAACAUGGUGAGGGAGGUGAUUAUGGAUGGCAACGACGACGCAAUGAUAUCCCCCAUCAUUAUGCUUGUGAAAUUUCCCCGGCUACGACAUUUAAGUACACGGCAUCGUCGAUUCAAUACAAGCCUCGAAGUCGAUUCCAAAAUGAUCCAAGAGUUAUUAAAGAACGGUACGCUGCAACCACACUCUCUUGCUCUCGAAUCAGUCAAUGUUUAUCAUCAUUACAUGUCAACCGAACCACAUCUCGACACAUUUCAACGCACGCUUAAUCGUCUUUCUCGCAACAAACAUGUCCAACUCGAUAUUCGUGAAUGUGAUCGGACACCUUUACAUCAACGAGCUACUGCUACCACAACCACCACAUCAAUACCACCAUCGACUACCAAUUCCUCCAAUAGCAAUACCAUCGACUAUAAUAGCAUCAUUGGCAUGGAACAACAACCACAUAUAUCCGCCCUUGUCGACACGUUUCAAUCAAUGAAUAUGAAAUCAUGCUCUCGGAUUAUUGCCAAGGAUGCUUGCUGUUGGGCAUGUGGAUAUAGCUUUGAUCGAUGCUGGCAAUGCGUUCCGGUAUGUGGUGGAUGUCGAAAGAAACGCCUUCCCCCGUUAGCAAAUGCGAACAUGAUGCAAUCCCAACAUGUCAACCCGGUCACUACAACACCUCCAUCAAUAGAAAAUGAUGCUACUUUAGAAGACGAAUUCAGGUUUUUUGAAUAA